AUGGGAGUAAAAGGGCUUUGGAGCUUGUUAGAACCUGUUGCACGACCUAUAAAGCUAGAGAAAUUAGAAGCAUUAGUUAUAACAGAAUUUCAAUGCAUUUGGUUACAUCAAUUCCUUAAGGCGAUGCGUGAUAAAAACGGCAAUUCAUUAAAAAAUGCUCAUUUGCUGGGAUUUUUUCGUCGAAUAUGCAAACUUUUAUUUUAUAACAUAAAGCCGGUGUUUGUUUUUGAUGGGGGUAUUCCUGCAUUGAAACGUCAAACUGUUGUUGAACGCCGUAGGCGACGCGCUGGCAAAACCAAAAAUUUACAAAAAACGGCGGAAAAAAUCCUGGCAAAUCAAUUGCGACUUCGCGCGAUCGAGGAAUCCGAAAAGAAAAAUGAUGAUUUCAAGCCAAAUACUGGGCCACAAAACAAGCCAAUAAUUACCGAUGACACAGUUUACUAUGGCGAACAUAAUUUAACCCCUGCACAACUUCAUAAACGUAAAAAAAUGGAUGAAUAUGAAUUGCCGCCAAUCAUCGGAGGAAUAGAGUCUAUGAUUCAAAAGGAUGAUGUGCGAUUUGCUAAUGAAGAAGACCUCCGACGUUUUAUUGAAGAGUUUAAAAUAAAAUCUGAUGAUAUUGAUAUCGAUUCUGAAGGAUUUCGCAGUUUACCGUUAGAAAUGCAAUAUGAAAUCGUGGGCGAAUUGCGUCUAAAAAGUCGACAGACUUCUUAUGAGAGUUUGACACAAAAAUUCUUGGAAGUUGGUAAUAAUGCUCUUAGCAAUAAAACUACUGCGUCUUCGAAACCUGUUCGUGUGGCAGCAGAAAGAAACCGAGAAUAUGUCUUGAUUAAAAAUGAUGAUGGGUUUGGAGGCUGGACGAUGGGAAAAUCGGCUGGGAUGAAAGUAGAACCUAUUAAACUCGAACCUAGUUCCGAGUCUGACGAAAACGAUGAUUGGGAAGAAGUUAAUGCAUCCACAAAUGAGAAUUAUGUUUCUGAAGACGAGAAAAUCGAGACAAUAAUGGCAAAAUUUGUUGCACUCGAUAAAUCUCACGAGUCAUUAUUCUCUGAAGGACAGACGGAAGAGCUUGACUUACCUUUGGAGUCAUUCUAUGCCUUUUGGGUUUCGCGUAUGCCGCCUGAUUUCUGUGAUGAAUUUUCUGAUCAUGAGACUUUGAUCCGUACUGCUUUUUAUGAAUGGGAUGAAGAAGAGUUAGAAGCACAAAAGUCCGUUGUCGAAAAGAAAUUAGGAAAGCUAAAAGAUGGUGACGAAAAGAAGCUAGAAAUAUUUGAAUAUUGGAGAAAUUUAUUAAGCGCCACCCUUGCUUGGCGACAAAUGCGAAAUACUGAUUUGAUGGAUAUGACUUCAAAAAUGGAAAAUUUGGAUUCCGAUUCUUUGAUCGAUGAUGAUUACGAAUCAGAGGAUAAUACGAAAAAUACAAAUUAUAAUAGUAUGGAAGCUUCAAAUGUCAAUGAAACGUACGAUAAUUCUUUAGAAGCUGAUUCAUUUCCAAACGCAGAAAAAGAAACUAUGAGGCUCACAAUUCAAUCAAAUUCAAUAGACAAUGACUCGGUUGUUAAUACAGAAUAUAAAAAAAAUGUAUUAAUAUCGGACGUAAGCGAUUUGAAUGCGUCCGAUGAAACAAACAGAAAUGUCGAAAAGAUGCAGCAAGAAAUUGAUGAAUUAUCUUCUCGAUCUGUUUCAUCGAGCAAAGAUAUUAAGACUAAACUUGAACAAAAUAUCUCGAAUACUAAAAAUAAAUUUGAAUUUGAUUUAAACUUGAACGGUAAUCAGCAGGAAGAAGCUAUGUCAAUCGAUGAUGAUAAUCAUACAGAAGCAAAAAUUAACGAGCUCAAAGAAAAUGAUAACGUCAAUGAACGUGAUGCUUCUAUUCAAAUGGUAGAGGAAAAUUCCGAAUUUGCGCGUUUUAUGUCCCAGCUCAAGAGUAAAGACUUGAAUGAAAUACGACAAGAAUUAAAUGAUGAAAUUGAAACAUUGAAUCAGCAGCAAAGGCGUGAAAUGCGCGAUACCGACGAAUUAACACAAACCAUGAUCAACGACUGUCAACAACUAUUGCAAUUAUUCGGAAUUCCAUAUAUCAUUGCUCCAAUGGAAGCCGAAGCACAAUGCGCCGAACUCUGUCGAUUAUCGUUAGUCGAUGGCAUAGUAACCGACGACAGUGAUGUCUUUCUAUUCGGUGGCACACGAGUCUACAAAAAUAUGUUUAACCAACAACAAUUUGUAGAAUGUUUUCUGAUGCACGAUCUUGAACGAGAAAUGAAUUUGGAUCGAGAAAAGCUUAUUCGAUUGGCUCAUCUACUUGGAAGUGAUUAUACCGAAGGAUUGCCGGGUGUCGGGGUUGUUACUGCAAUGGAAAUACUGAAUGAAUUUCCUGAUGAUAAUGGAUUAGAAAAAUUUAAAGAAUGGUGGAAUGGCGUGCAAAGUGGGUUGUCUAUGGAUGAAGAAGCAGAAAAUUCUUUUAGAAAAAAAUUUGCAAGUAUUAUUCAUAAUUUUUCUAAAAUACAUGUACGAGAGGCAUAUAUUAAUCCCCAAGUUGAUGAUUCUACAAUGUCAUUCGAAUGGGGCGUACCAGAUCUAAAUGCGCUGAAAGAUUUCCUGAUGGUUAACCUUUUGUGGACUCAAGAUAAGAUAGAUGAAACACUUAUACCCAUAAUACGUAAUAAGAAUCAGCGAAAUGCUGAAAGUAUUAGCACACAAAGGCAGCAAGCCACGAUUGAUUCCUUUUUCGACAUGACUGGUGGGACUGGAGACUUUCCUAAAACAAGCAAACAAGCACAACACAAAAGUGCAAGAAUUCAACGAAUAGUGGAUGGGUGGAAGAAAAAAAAUAAAAGAUCGCAAUCUGGCACAAACAACAGCUCGGAAGAGAAUAAUAAUAAUUCAGAGGAAGAAAUGAAAAGUAAUCGAAUUGGAUCAAGUUCAUCCACACGUGCUAUUCGCCGGGACCGUAAUAAUGAUAAUGAUGACAGUGGUGAAAUAAAAAACAUCAAAAAGCGUAAAGUUGCAGAUGAACAGGGCAAAACACAAAAGGAUAACGAUGGUAAUAUGACAUCUGGUACUUCAAGCUCGGACGAUAGUUCUGAAGAGAGUGACAGUGAUGAUGAUAAAAGUGUUGCAAAACGAGGAAGGAAAUUAAAAACUGCAAAGUAUUCGCGGUUCUUUCCUCGUCCAACUAAAAAAAUCUCACGUGCAAAAAAAUCUGAACCAAAAACGUCCAAGGACAUUAGCAAUAAUUCCCCGAAUUACGUUGAAUUACAAUCGAUGGGUAGUAGUUCACGUGGAAGGGGGCGUGGUGCCGGAAGAGGAAAAAGGACCCGAGCAAGGGGACGUGGAAUAUGA